AUGAAAAGACUCGGAACUAUGAAAUGGCUCAAGCCUUCCUCUUCUCCAUCAUGGAUCAAGAGUAGAAACGCUCAAACUCCUUUGAAAAACGUAUCGGAUUGUUGGAGAAAUUAUUCUUCAUUGAUUGAAAAGAUGAGUGUUAAACAAGCUCGUUUGGAACAAAAUAUUGAUAAGAAAGUACUUGUAGAAGGAUGGGUUCGUACAUCAAGAAUUCAAAAGGAUGUUUGCUUUGUGGAAGUCAAUGACGGAUCUUGCAAUCCAAAUUUACAAAUUGUUUUUGAUAAGAAUUCAAUUCCUGCUGAAGAACUUUCUAAAAUUCAAAAUGGUGCCAGUGUUAGAAUUACUGGUCAAUUAAUUAAAUCACCUGGUAAGGGACAAACUACUGAACUCGCCAACCCAACUGAAGUUACAGUUCUUGGUGCUUGUCCUCAAGAUGUUUAUCCAUUACAAAAGAAGGGUCACUCUGUGGAAUUUUUGAGAGAAAUCUCACAUUUGAGAAGUAGAACCAAUACUGGUGCUGCUGUUCUCAGAGUUAGAAAUGCUGCCAUGAUGGCCAUUCAUGAAUAUUUCCAAAACCUUGAUUUUAUACAAAUUCAUACCCCAAUUUUGACCAGUAGUGACUGUGAAGGAGCUGGUGAGCAAUUCAAAGUAAUUUCCGAACAACACAAAGAUUUCUUUGGAGAAAAUGUCAAUGCUUAUUUGACGGUCAGUGGUCAAUUAGAAGCUGAAAUUUUUGCCUCCUCAAUGUCAAAGGUUUAUACUUUCGGACCAACAUUCAGAGCUGAAGAUUCUAGAACAUCUAGACAUCUUGCUGAAUUCUGGAUGGUUGAGAUGGAACAAGCAUUUAUUGGUUUACCUCAAAUUGUAGAACACUCUGAAAAUAUGGUUAGACAUGCUGUUUCAAGAGUUUUGGAAAGAUGCGAAGAGGAUAUUCACUUCUUCAAUAAGUGGUACAAGAAUACGCUCAUGGAAGAUUUGACUAAGGUUGCUGAUAAGCGAACAAAGUUUGUUUCUCUCACAUAUACAGAUGCUGUUGAAUUAUUACAAAAGGAUGCUAUCCAAAAGAAUGGAAUUAAAUUUGAAUAUCCAGUUGAGUGGGGUGUUAAUUUACAUAGUGAACAUGAAGUUUAUUUGUGCAAAUACUUUAAUAGUCCAGUAUUUGUAACAAAUUAUCCAAAAGAAAUCAAGCCAUUCUAUGCUAGAGUUGAUGAUAAUGGAAAGACCAUGUCUGCCGUUGAUUUGCUCGUUCCUGAUUUGGGUGAAUUGAUUGGCGGCUCAGUAAGAGAAGAAAGAUACGAUAUUUUAAUACAAAACAUGAAGGACAAGGGAAUGAAGGAUACUAAAGAUUAUGAAUGGUAUUUAGAUUUGAGAAAGUAUGGUACUGUUCCUCAUGGUGGAUUUGGUCUUGGCUUUGAAAGAUUAAUUCUCUUCUUGACAGGUAUUCCAAAUAUUAGAGAAACCAUUCCAAUUUAUCGUGCUCCUGGUUUUUGUAAAUUUUAA